AAGCAUAUAGUUAAAGUUAUGAAAAUUCUACCAAUUUGCCACCUCAAAAGCUGUGACGAAAGAUCAGCUUACUAUGUCCAUUCAAAAGCUGCUUAUAUAUGCGUGAAGCAUUAUAAAGCCUUAGCUAGCAAGUACGAACAGAAGGACAUCUCUACCCUAACACCACCUGGAGAAGUAAAAGAAAACAUCGAUGUCUUCACAGCUGGCCUCUACAUCUUCGCUACAUUCAUGAAAGAGAACAAUCUUGGGGAACUCUCUGAAGAUGCUCAGACUAUGUUUACAGACUUCACUGAAAGAAUCAAUACUAUCAGGAACAAAUUUAUGCUUGCUGGAGAGGAAGAAUCUUACUUAGAAUACGAAGACAUUAAAGCCCAAGCUAUAAAUGUCAGAAAGCAAGCUAAAGGAGAUCCUAUUUUUAAUCAGUUCACUGAUGAGUUCUUCUGGGACUGUAUGGCAGAAAAUAUUUCAAGGCGUGAAACCGAACAAAAACUACAAAAGGUGAGAAAUAUUCGGCAAAAUAAUCGAAGAAAGACUCUUAGGAAAAUGGUAAAAGGAUUAGAAGAAACGAAGGAAUUGCCAAAAAUGAAUACAAUUAGAGAGUCUGAGAAUUCUAGUUACUCAAAUUUAAGACUUAUUAAAUUCGAUCAGAUUGAAAAGAUUUUGAAGAAGUUUAGAAACAAAACUAAACUGGAAUAUUCAAGCACUUGGCUAAGCUUAUAUCUUGAUUCAGAUUCUGACAUGAGUUGUCUCAAGGAUUUAUCUAAAUUUAAGCUUCCAGAUCUCAGACAGAUUACACUGAAAUCCAUUCCUGAAGAUAGUGAAGACCUCAAGAAAUUUCUCAGUGGAUCUUUACCCAAAAAUUUACAGAAGCUGAGUCUCAAUCAUAACAGCAAGGAGUUGAUCAAAAUGCCUACUUACAUAAAUUCAAUUAGCUCAGCCACUCAGUGAGUCCACAGUGAAAUUCUUUUGUACAACUUUGAAAUUUCAGAUUCUAACUUGUGCAAACUUCUUCAUGUUGGCCAAUCACAGCCUAAAGUGAAUAUAUCCCACUGCAAGAUUACCACCACUCAGGAGGCCAACACACAGGAGAUAGCAGGCACUCCUGCUAAAAAUCUAUGCCUAGAUUGUUGUGGAAUCGCUAAAUAUUCUGAUUGGCAGAACCAUCCUGAAAACUUCGAAUACCUGAUGGUAAAACUAGCUCAGAACAAGAACUUGCCCAAAAGAUUGAAGACAAUCUCCUUCUGGGACUGCUGCAUGAAGAAGACUUACAUCCGCACUGUGCUGAAUGAAUCUGGGUUCUACGAAACUGAAAUCUAUGGAUAUUCAGCCUAAUUAUGGUUAAUAGUUCAAUGUGAUCUUAGUGUAUU